AUGAGAAAAUGCAUGCGUCUGAUCAAAUAUGAAAUUGAGCCUUUAGAGCGCUUUGUGCUGGACCAAAUACCAAGAUCAAAAAACCAUAAAGUUAAUGCUCUCACAAAGCUGGCUAGCUUGGUUGACUAUGAUGUACCAAGGACAGUAUUUAGGGAAGUCAAGCCAAAUAAGAGUAUUGAUGAAGAAAAAUUUAUGUUUCUUAGCCGAGUAACGGUAUGGAUGGAGCCUAUUAUAAACUUGAAGAAGACCGAUCAAUUACCUUCAGACCCUGCGGAGGCUAAGUAUGUCAAGGCCAGGGACAAGCGGUUGCUUAACCACUUAAAACGUAAAGUGGGAAACAAAGCACGUGUUGAAGGUUCAAUAUGCAAUGCCUACGUAACUGAGGAGAUAGCGAACUUCUGCUCCAACUACUUUCAGCCCGGGGUUGACACAAAAUCAAGGGACUUAGGAAGAAAUGUCAAUCCUGAUGUCGCUAGCACACAUGGUCUUGGUGUCCCCGAGUUGUUCAGGGAAGACUGCGGUCGACCGGGAACAGAUGGACGUUUGCGAUGGUUGCAAGACAAGGAGUACGAUCGAGCACAUCUUUACGUACUUGCAAACAGUGGCAUCUUAAGUGAUUAUGAAAGGCGAUUCGAGGAUUAUAUUGUCAAUUCAAGACCGAACAUUGCUAAGGAUGAUGUGUGGAGCAAAUGCGAAGCCGAGUUCCCUAGUUGGUUCAAGACAAAUGUCCUUGGUGCCAUGACAAGUGACGAUGUCACUCGAGCUCUUGCUAUGGGUCCUUCCAGACAAGUGAGAACGUGGAAUCAGUUCUUUGUGAAUGGAUAUAACUUUCAUAAACAGGAAUAUGGCAAGAAUAAGUCAACUAUGAACUAUGGUGUAUGUGUACAAGCUGCUGAUAGAGCUGAUUACUUUGGCAUUUUGGAGGAGGUUAUUGAACUGAUGUACCAUGACAAACCAACCUUACUUUCUGUUGCAAUAGGAAGUUCAUCACUUCCUUCUGCUUACUCGGUCUGUUAA